UGACUGAGAUAGAAAACGCUCCAUCAUGUCUGGAAGAGGCAAAGGCGGUAAAGGACUCGGGAAAGGAGGCGCUAAGCGUCACCGUAAAGUGCUGCGCGAUAACAUCCAGGGAAUCACCAAACCCGCCAUUCGUCGUCUCGCUCGCCGCGGCGGAGUCAAGCGUAUCUCCGGUCUGAUCUACGAGGAGACCCGCGGGGUGUUGAAGGUCUUCCUGGAGAACGUUAUCCGCGAUGCCGUCACCUACACCGAGCACGCCAAGAGAAAGACCGUCACCGCCAUGGACGUAGUGUACGCGCUCAAACGACAGGGACGCACCUUGUACGGCUUCGGAGGAUAAACGCCUUCAAUCUCCACAAACACAACGGCUCUUUUAAGAGCCACUCACGCUCUCACACAAAGAGACAAACACGAAAUUGAGUAUUAAUAACUUACGAUUUGAGUUUGUGUUUUCAGAAAUUAUAAAAUAAAAAAGCUCUUAAAAAAAAAUAAUAAUAAUAAUAGUAAUAUCACUAACUGCCCAACAUUAAGGGGUUGAAUGUUAUAAUCCUUUCUUAAACGGAGAAUAUUUCAGAUUUGGGGUUAUGUAUGAUUUAAUGUAACGUAAUAAAACCGAAUGGUAAAUACUAA